ACAAUCAGCCCAGUCAGUUAGCCAAGCGUCUUUGAAGUGAUCACGCACUUUUUAGAUCAAUUAGAUCCCGGUCGAAGAUCCAUGUAGUUUAUUAGUUUUAAAAUGGAUCUUACAAAACUAUUGUUCCUUCUAUUGUUAGGGUUUUCAAGUGCGUACAAAAUACUAGUGGUGUUUCCGUACCCAGGGAAAAGCCAUACGAUCCUGGGUGAGGGAUUUGUGAAACAUCUCGUGAGGGCUGGACAUGAGGUCACAUACAUAACUCCGAUACCGAUAAAGAAUCCGCCUAAAGGGCUUCGACAAAUUGAUGUGUCAAGCAAUAUCAAAACAUUUGAAUCAAUGUCAAGCUCACUAAGUUUCAAAACGGUGUUAAACAAAGAAGCAGACCUAAAGGACACAAGAGCAUGGGUGGGCGUCAUAAACAACAUCGCCAACCAGACGAUAUGGCACCAGAAUGUGCAGAAGUUGAUGUAUGAUGUCAAUGAGGAGUUUGACCUGGUGAUCGCAGAGUGGCUGUAUACGGAACUUUAUUGUGGAUUCGCAGCCGUCUUCAACUGCCCAUUCAUAUGGUCUUCCUCCAUCGACCCCCACGGGCUAGUCUUAAGGCUGAUCGAUGAGGAAGCUAACCCGGCCUACACAGCCAACCACAUGUCGUCCUCUGAGGCGCCCUUCACAUUCUCACAGCGGCUCGAAGAACUGUGGGAAGUGAUCUACUUGAAGUACAUGAAAUGGGCAAUAUACGACCAUGAAAACCGUAUUUUCCAAGAGGGGUAUGGUCCAGCUGUAGCUAAAAGAGGUCGAACAAUUCCCUCACUGUAUGAAGUCAGCCAUAACGCUUCCCUGAUGUUCGGGAACUCGCACUUCUCGUCUGGUAGACCAGUGAGGUUGCCGCAGAAUUAUAUCCCGAUAGCUGGAUAUCAUAUUGAUGAAGAGGUCAAACCAUUGCCAACGGAUAUUCAAAAGAUAAUGGAUAACGCGCAACACGGCGUCAUAUACUUCAGCAUGGGAUCCAUGAUCAGGAGCAGCUCCAUGCCUGAUGGAAUAAAGCAAGGGUUCCUGAAAAUGUUCGGCAGUCUCAAGCAAACUGUCAUCUGGAAGUUCGAGGAAGUAUUGCCCAAUCUGCCCAAAAACCUGCACAUCCUUAAAUGGGCUCCUCAGCAAAGUAUUUUAGCUCAUCCCAACUGCCUCCUAUUCAUCUCCCACGGGGGCCUGCUUUCAACUUCCGAGGCUCUCCACUACGGCGUGCCCAUCAUUGGGAUCCCAAUGUUCGCGGACCAGUUCAUCAAUGUGGAUCGCGCCAUGAAGAAAGGCUUCGCCCUAAAGGUCGACAUCGUAGAAGACAUGACAGUUCACUUGAAAGCAGCGAUUGAAGAGAUUUUGGGAAACCCGAGAUACCAUGAGCGGAUGAAGGAACUGUCAUUUAUCUAUCACCACCGCACUGUUACUCCUGGACAAGAGAUCCUGCACUGGGUGGACCACGUCAUCAAGACAAGAGGUGCCUUGCACCUUCGGUCUCCAGCACUGAACGUGCCCUUCUACCAGAAGAUAUACCUGGAUCUGAUAACUUUGAUAGCUGUCGCAACUAUUGUACUGUUUAGAAUUGCAAAAAGACUGCUUUGUAAAAGUGCGGUGACGAAGAAAGUUAAGAAGAAUUAAACAGUCUAAAAUUUGUUUUUU